AGGAAGCGACCCAGACAGCAUCACCCUACAGGGAGUCCUGGAAUGGGGCUUCCCAGAGUCCCUAGCCAUGCCUCUGCAUGCAGCCCAGUCACACUGACAUUGCCCAAGAAAUAAUAAGCAGGGAGCAGUAAUGACAGCCCAGAGAGGGCUCCCCGUGGAAGACCGGCCUCCCUGCCUGCCUCACCUUCAGGAAAAGUGCCUGUGCAGCUGCUGGGGCUGAGACCGGAGUCCAUUCAGAAUCUCCCUGGGGUGCCCCUGCCGGGCAGCGAUGCCAGGAUGCCCGUCUCUGCCUCCACUCGCCAGGAUGGCAGCCAGGAGCGGCCGCUGAGCCUGACCUCCACCACCUCGUCGUCCGGCUCCUCCCGUGACAGUCGCAGCACCAUGGAGGAUCCCAGUGGCCCCGAGGCGUCCACAGAGAACGGGGCCGGCUCCCCUCGAGCCCGGCACGCCCCCAACAGCAACAACUCCAGCAGCUGGUUGAACAUGAAGGGGCCCCUGUCCCCCUUCAAUGGCCGGGCAGCGGCUGGGCCCGUGCACAAGCUCAGCUACCUGGGCCGUGUGGUGCGGGAAAUCGUGGAGACGGAGCGCAUGUACGUGCAGGACCUUCGCAGCAUCGUGGAGGACUACCUCUUGAAGAUCAUUGACACGCCCGGGCUCCUGACUCCCGAGCAAGUCAGUGCCCUGUUUGGGAACAUAGAGAACAUCUACGCCCUGAACAGCCAGCUCCUCAGAGACCUGGACAGCUGCAAUAGUGACCCCGUGGCAGUGGCCAGCUGCUUCGUGGAAAGGAGCCAAGAGUUCGAUAUCUACACCCAGUAUUGCAACAACUACCCCAACUCGGUGGCCGCCCUGACGGAGUGCAUGCGGGACAAGCAGCAGGCCAAGUUCUUCCGGGACCGCCAGGAGCUGCUACAGCACUCCCUGCCCCUGGGCUCCUACCUGCUGAAGCCCGUGCAGCGCAUCCUCAAGUACCACCUGCUGCUCCAGGAGAUCGCCAAACACUUUGACGAAGAGGAGGAUGGCUUUGAGGUGGUCGAGGAUGCCAUCGACACCAUGACCUGUGUGGCCUGGUACAUUAACGACAUGAAGCGGCGGCACGAGCAUGCGGUCCGGCUGCAGGAGAUCCAGUCGCUGCUCAUCAACUGGAAGGGGCCGGACCUGACCAUCUACGGGGAGCUGGUCCUGGAGGGCACGUUCCGGGUACACCGCGUGCGCAACGAGAGGACCUUCUUCCUCUUCGACAAGGCGCUGCUCAUCACCAAGAAACGGGGCGAUCACUUUGUCUACAAGGGGCACAUCCCGUGCUCCUCCCUGAUGCUGAUCGAGAGCACCCGGGACUCCCUGUGCUUCACUGUCACCCACUACAAGCACAGCAAACAGCAGUACAGCCUCCAGGCCAAAACAGUGGAGGAGAAGCGGAACUGGACUCACCACAUCAAGAGGCUCAUCCUGGAGAAUCACCACACCACCAUCCCGCAGAAGGCCAAGGAAGCCAUCCUGGAAAUGGACUCCUAUUAUCCCAGUCGGUACCGCUAUAGCCCGGAACGGCUGAAGAAGGCGUGGGCCUCCCAGGAUGAGGUGUCCUCCCACGCACGCCAGGGCCGCCGGCAGUCGGAGCCUGCUCAGCCCCCGCACAGCCGGGCAACACUCCCCAGCGGGCAGCGCAGCUUCAUGGUGCCAGGCCUUAAGUUAGGCCGUAGAAAGUCGGAGCCCACCAGACACCUGCUAAGGCAGCUGAGCGAGAAGGCAGCCAGAGCAACAGGAAUGAAGCAUGCCGGCAGCGCCGGCACUCUCCUGGACUUCGGGCAGCACCCCCAUCCUCGGGGCCCACGGACGGAGGCAGGGGUUGCCCCUGAGGCGCAGGAGGAGGAAGAGGUGGAGGAGGAGGAGGAGGAGCAGGAGCAGGAACAGGCCUUUCAGGUCUCUUUGGAGGCCCUGGUUGGGCCUGACGACAGCAAGAAGGGGGCUGGGCCAGAGCCCCCAGGCUCGGAGGAGGAGGAGGAGGAGGAGGAGGAGGAUGAGGAGGAGGAGAGCCUGGCAGUGGCGGAGCAGGUAGCCGACUUUGCCAGCUCCCUGCUGGCCGCCCUCCACUGCUGGCACUAUCGGGCCAACGCUUUACUUUUCUCCCGGGGCGCUAUGGGGAAGGGCCGCCGGGAGUCAGAGGGCUCCAAGGGCUGCCAGAGGCCCAGUGGCCAGUCUCCAACCAGCGCUGAGAAGCGCCUGAGCACCGAGUCCAUCUCUUCCCUGCCUGAGGUGGAGCCUGAGCCUGUGCCUGGGAUGGAACAGGAGGUGUUUGGUGCGGAAGGCCCCGGCCCCGAGGAGAUGCCCUCGCACACGGAGUCUCCAGAAGCCCUGGAGAAGCAGCUGGACGUGCCCCAGGGGCUGCUGGGGAUGGACAACCCUGAUGACAUGGUUGAUUUUGUGGUGGCCGAGAGAAGCGAGGACCUUAAGCCCCUGAGCAGUGGGGAGGAAGAGGAAGAGGAAGAGGAAGAGGAGGAGGAGGAGGAGGAGGAGGAGCUGGGGGCCACCCAGGAGCCUGAGAGCCUCCUGCCGCCCUCCGUGCUGGACCAGGCCAGUGUCAUUGCCGAGCGGUUUGUCAGCAGCAUCUCCCGGCGCAGCAGCCUGGCCCUGGAGGAUGGCAAGUCCAGUGGCUUUGGGACGCCACGGCUGACCAGCCGGAGCAGCAGCGUGCUCAGCCUCGAGGGCAGUGAGAAGGGCCCGGCCCGGCGCGGCAGCCUCUCCGACUUCCUGGGCUCACAGGAAGUGGAGAGUGGUGGGGGGGCCCCCACCGAGAACGGCUCCUCUGUCAAUGGGACCGAGGCCCCCGGCCCCAGCUGCCCCGCAGAGCCCGAGAGGUCAUCUUGUAAGAAAAAGGAAUCGAUGCUCUCCACCCGUGACCGGCUGCUGCUGGACAGAAUCAAGACCUACUAUGAAAACGCGGAGCACCAUGACGCCGGUUUCAGCAUCCGGCGCCGGGAGAGCCUCUCCUACAUUCCCAAAGGGCUAGUGAGAAACUCUGUGUCCAGGUUCAACAGCCUUCCCAGGCCCGACCCCGAGCCCUUGGCUCCCCUGGGGCCCAAGAGACAGUCAGGCUCCCGGCCAGCCUCAUGGGCCCUGUUUGAGUUCCCGGGACCAAGCCAGGCAGGUGCAGGGGAGCCGGCCCCUAUCACCGAUGCCGAGUUCCGCCCGUCUUCCGAGAUUGUGAAGCUGUGGGAGGGGAUGGAGUCCUCCGGGGGGAGUCCUCGGAAGGGCCCCAGCUCAGGCCACGUCAAUGGCUUUGACCUGCACGAGCCGCUCUUCAUCCUGGAGGAGCAUGAACUGGGGGCCAUCACCGAGGAGUCGGCCACGGCCUCUCCCGAGAGCGCCUCCCCCACCGAGCGGCCCAGCCCGGCCCACCUGGCCCGGGAGCUCAAGGAGCUGGUGAAGGAGCUGAGCAGCAGCGCCGGGGGCGAGCUGGUGACGCCGCUGCAUCCCCGCAUCGUGCAGCUCUCCCACAUCAUGGAUGGCCCCAUGAGCGAGCGUGUCAAGACCAAGGUCUACCAGCUGGCCCGCCAGUACAGCCUCCGCAUCAAGGGGAAGUCGGGGGCGGCCCGGCCGCCGCUGCCCUGGGAGAAGGCGGCUUCUGAGAGGGACCUGCAGGAGGCAGCUGGAGAGCUUUCAGGUGGCAAAGGUAAGAGAAGGCCAGUGCUGUCCCUUUUCCACCCUGAGCCUUCGAUGACCCCCGAGCACAGCCCCCUGAAGUCCUGCUCUGCCGGGGAGACAUCGCCGCAGCAUUUCUCCUUCAGUCCCUCUGCAACCAGCCCCAGGAACACCUCGCCCGGAGCCCGGGCCUCCACCCGAAACCCCCUCAGCCCUUUAGACACUGAGACCUUCAGCUGGCCCGACGUCCGAGAGCUCCGCUCUAAGUAUGCCUCCCACGAUGAGGCAGCCCUGGCUGAGGGCAGCCGGGCCCGGGCCCCGCCUGUCAACCGGAGCCGCUCGGUGCCAGAGAACAUGGUGGAGCCUCCUAGGUCAGCCAGAGUGGGCCGCUGCUGCAGCCUCAGUACCAAGAGGGGCCGGGCAGGCCCAAGGGCGUCGGGGAACUCACCCCAGCAAGAGCUGGAUAGAGAUGAGGCCUUGUACGUCACUGCCCAUGUCACCUUGGACAACAACCGGAGGGUGAUCAUCAUGGAGAAGGAACCCCCGCCGGGCCCUGCUUUGGGGUCAGAGGAGCCCACGGCCUUGCUGUGGCAGGGCCAAGAUCUCCAGGGGUGUGGACUGAAGGAAGAGGGUCCCCGGGACGCAGCUGACCCAGGCCAGCAGGGCAGAGUUCGGAACCUGAGGGAGAAGUUCCAGGCCUUGAACUCCGUAGGCUGAUGCUGACCCAGCGGGAGGGGAGCCACCCGGAGAGCCCUGGCACAUGUGCCCAAAGACUGUGCUGGCCGUACUCACGGGAGUCCCACCCUGUGGCCCCCAGAGAGGCCAUGCCCAUUCCCCCACCCGAAAGAUGAUGAAAAGACGAAUGCGGGGAUGCUCGAGUGUUCCCCUUGGGCUCUCGGUGGCUUUCCCGAGGCUCAGACGAGACCCUCUUCUUUCUGAGGCCAGGGUGGCCACUGUCCUUGUACAUAGUUCUCUCUGGUGAGAAGCCAAAUAUUUAAGCUCACCGCUUGCCAGAGAGAGCGCGGCCUGCUCAGGCCCCCAGCGUGGGCCAGCCACUGCCAGCCAUCGGAGCGGGCGCACCCAGCCAGGGAGGCGCUGGGAAGCGGUGGGGGCAGGCCUUCCUCUCGUGCCUUUCUUUUGUGAAGGCUCCAGGCGGGAUCGAAGCCCCUAAUUUAUUGAUUUCCAUUCUGUGGCGUGUGUUUGUGUUGUGCGUGUUCUGACCGUCCACCCCUGCGUGGACUCUCCUCCCCGUGAAGAGUGUAAAGGUCUUCCCCGUUCAGGUACUUCUGUGGGUGGUCUGGCUGGCCCUGUGGUGGUCGCUCAUGUACACACAUUUCAUUAUCUGCCAACAGUGCAAUAACCACUGCGGA